AUGAGUGAUUUUGAUUUUUUAAAUCCUUUGCAAAAUGUUUCGCUACGAUUAACUGAGCAGCAAAUAGCAGAAAUUACUGAAUGGUUUGAUACUAAUUCAAAACCUCUUUUAAUUAUUAAUGAAGAAGAACCUAUUAAUGCAAUUACUGUAGAUAAGAUAAAAGAAUUUUUAGAAUUAAAAAAAUAUCACAGAAGAAAUUUUCACUACCCUAGUUACGCAGAAAUAAUGAUUGAAGUAGAAAAAUUAAAGGCAGGAAUAACUAGAAUGCUUACAAAAGAACAAUUUAUAUACAUGCUAGACAAAUGGGUAAUUGAAGCUGAUAUUAAACAUGAAAUUAAGUUAGCCUUUAAGGUUUUCGACACUGAAAAACGAAGUUUCUUAGAUAUAGAUAACGUCAAAGUAAUAGUUACAACGUAUGCAGACGUUUUUGAUGAACAAGAGACUCGAGAGCUAUUACGUGAUGCAAAUGUAAAAGGAGAUUGUAAUGUCUUCUAUGAAGAUUUUGUAGAAAGCUUGUUUAGUGUUGCACCUGAAUUAUAUCAGUUGAAGACUGAAUAUUUAUAUGAGGACCCCAACGACGAUCCUUCUGUACCUCCUGUAGUAACAGCGGAAGAAGAAAUAUCUCAACCUCUUGCGCCACCCGAACCAGUACCUGAUAGGAAAGACAAUCAAAAGAAAAAAAAA